AUGUCAUUUCAGGUUGUGGAAUGCAAAACCAUUGAUGGUGUUGUCAUCAGAGGCAGAUUCUAUGGAGUUGACGGCAAAGGGCCCGCGAUCAUCAUGACCCCUGGGUUCAAUUGCGUCAAAGAGAUGCUGCUACCUGACAUAGCGGAAACAUUUCAGUCUCAAGGCUUCAAUACUUACAUUUACGAUCCACGCAGCAUUGGCGACAGCGAUGGCACUCCGAAGAACCUCAUUGAUCCUCUUCAACAGGCGGAAGAUCUCGCAGACAUUGUCACCCACAUUUCGUCGCAGCCAAGCGUCGACUCGUCCAAGAUCGUCCUCUGGGGCAUGUCGUUUGGCGGCACCGUCAGCGCCUGCGCCGCCGCUGUAGACCGCCGAGUCAAAGCUCUUGUUAUGGUCUGUCCAAUUUUGAGCUUUUACCAAGCCGAGAAGCGCGACAAAGCCUUUGCACAAUUGAUGCGCGAUCGCCAGUCGCAGCUGCGCGGGAAUGAGCCGUUCAUGCUGCCGCCGUUCAACAGCAAAGGCGAGAACCCGAUUGGCAUGGCGGGCUCGGGCGGGCCCGGAGGCAUAGAGGCGUACGGGUUCAUGGGCGCCGUCAUCGACCGCGGCGCUCCCAACUUUCGGAACAAGAUUGCGCUGCAGACAUAUCAGAAGCUGGCCAUGUGGCAGCCCAAGGAGAUUCUGAAGCUCGUGGACAAGACGCCGCUCAUGAUGGUGACACCGGAGCUGGACACAAUGUCGCCACCCGCGGAGCAAAAGGCUGCGUUUGAACUGUUUCCGCAGACAAAGACGUUUCUGGAGGCUAAGGGCAAGGGCCAUCUCACCGUGCUCAGCGGUGAAGGCUCGGUCGAAGUGGUUCAGGCCAUGACAGACUUCAUACGUAGUAGCAUAUCGAACUAG